AUGGGCAAGACUAAUUUAGACCUAAUUCGAGAAUGCGAUAACUUUCCCUACCACGAGGAUGACCGUGCUGCUUACACGGAGACUCUCAACAACUAUCAUGCAUUCCGAGUGAACGGAUUCGAUGCGACGCUAGGAUAUAUCCUAAACUCCGUCGUGGAAAAGUUCCCUUGGCCAAAAAAUGACUGGGUGAUUGACCCUGUCGCUAAAACGGUAACAUUGAAUACCUCCGCAGGCGCAACCCCGGAACAUCGCAGUAAGUUGGUCGCCGAGAGUAUCGCCGAGGCUGUGAAGGCCGAUGUCUUCGAAGUUCUUCGAGGAUGGCGAAACGAGAAAUAUCCCGUCUACGGACCAGGCGGUCAAUUUAUUCUUGACAUGGAGCGGUGUGCUUCGCCUUUGUUUGGCAUUGUGAGCUACGGCGCCCAUAUGAAUUGCUACGUGCAAGAUGCUUCAGGUCUUAAGUUCUGGAUCCCUCGCCGAGCAAAGAAUAAGCAGACAUAUCCCAGUAUGCUGGAUAACACCGUUGCUGGCGGCAUGUGCACGAACGAAAAGCCUUUCGAAUGUAUUGUCCGAGAAGCCAUGGAGGAAGCUUCCCUCCCCGAGUCAACUAUACGCUCUGCUAUCCGGCCAGUAGGCUGUGUGACAUACAGUCAUAUUCGGGAUGCGCGAGCUGGAGGAGAAACUGGCUUGAGUCAGCCCGAGGUCGAAUAUGUCUAUGAUCUGAAACUUGAGCCAACGGUGAUUCCCAAGCCUGGAGAUAAUGAGGUUGAAGAGUUCAACCUGUUGACGGUCCAAGAGGUUCAGGAUGCGCUGGCAAAUGGCGAGUUCAAACCAAACUGUUCAGUCGUUAUCAUUGAUUUCUUUGUUCGACAUGGUCUUCUUACUCCAGAGAAUGAUUCUAAUUACCUGGAUAUUUUGUCGCGUCUGCAUCGUCGCUUGGAAUACCCUCUUGCCUCGCACUGUUGA